UGGGUCAGGGUGCGGCGAGCCUACCGCUGCACACACACUUGUGCCGACAGCUAGUUUAUCCUUGCCAACACAGGAGGUGGCAGCGACAACGGGAACACCGAUCAUGGGCCGCAGCAAUCGCACAACGCAGUGGAUGGGGCUGUUUGCAACGGCGGUCGUCCUGCUCUCACCGUCCCAGGGGCAGCGGCAGGAGGAGGCUACCACGGUCGAGAGCGAGAGCGCAGCCGAAUUGCCGGAAAACUGCCAAAUCCUCAAGACCACGACGAACUAUAAGCAAGAGGAUGCGCCGACCGAUGUCUCCGGUCUCAUCGGCGAGAUCUACGACCGCGUCAACGAAGACCUUGACGAUGUCCUCAAGCUCGACAUCAACUACGUCGGCGGGGUGAUCCACAGGCUCGUGGGAAGGCACGACGUCCGCGCCACGGUUACCCGCCGGAAAGAGAACGGAACGGAAUUGCAGGAGUGCAUGGUGGUGCCUGUGGUGAUCGAGGACAGCAACGAGUGCACCCUUCCCGAGAGGCAUCCGAUGCACCACGAGUGCCACGCAAGCGCGGAGUGUGUGAACACGAUCGGAUCGUACGAGUGCUCGUGUCCGGGGAGGGAGGCGUGUGUCCCGAGGUCGGGGCUAGGGUACUGCACGGGAGUCAACUCCUCGGUUGAUUGCUGUACGGUGGACGAGGAAAAGAGACCGAACGGGUGCCGCGACAAGACGUGCUCGCACGACUGCCGGAGAGACUUCCGGUGUUACACCGACCAGUGCGAGGGGAAGUGUGUAUACCCAGACAGUUGCAAGAGCUCCCGCGGCUUGGUAACCUGCGCUUGCCAAAAGGAAAACGAGGUCGGCAACGGGCACGUCUGCCCGGGGGAGACGCCAGAGGUCUUGACGGAUGCCAGCGGUGCCUUUCUGGCGGACUUGGACCCGGCCAAGGUGUGCGGGUGUCAGGUGCCCAAGGUGGACUUGUGCCACGACAUCAGCUGCGGCCAGCAUGCCACUUGCAGCGAGGGAAAGUGUCAGUGUGCGCCGGGGUACAGCCAUGUUCCAGACCUCGGUUGCGUGGACGAGAGACCUGUCUGGCUGGAUCUCAAGGGUCCCACCCACCUCACCAUGAAGCAGUGCGACAAGUACGUGGAGCACGGGGUGCAGGUUGUGGACGCCAACUCUGAGAACCACGACAGAAACGUUGGCGUGUCCUACUCCAAGCCUCCCGGAAAGUGUGCAUCAGAAAUGGGUACCUUCACGGUAAACUACACCCUCAACACGGAAUGGAUGGAUCCCCCUGUCCAGUACAUCUUGCGCCACGUCACCGUGGAAGACGUCGACGAGUGCGCCUUGGACAUCGGGUCCCCGCAGGCUGCCUGCUACGGGUGCAAGCCCAGCUGCCACAAGCACGCCAAGUGCGAGAACAGGGUGGGCACGUACACCUGCCAGUGCCCCGCGUGCAUGGGCGGCGACGGUUUCGAGCCCUUUACGCCGAGGAAGUCGGGUACCCUUCCGGCGGGGUACGACGGGGGAACGGGCUGCAAGGACACGUGCGCUCCCGUGAUCACGCUGAUUGGUGACAACCCACUAGUGAUGACGGUAGGCCUCAACACGGACAUCGCGGGGAACCCGAUCAAGGGCAAGGACUACACACAAGAGCUGGCCAGUCUCAUUACGAGAACCGCUGGAGGGGCCUUGUGCAACGAUGGUCUCGGGUCAAGAUGUGCCACCGUUAUCGACAACAACGGGACGCACCAGGGGGUGGACAUUACGCACAACCUCAAGAUCUUGGAACCAGAACCGUCGAAGAAGGACCCGUUGCAGUGGAAAGUGUCGUACAAUGCGGUUGACGAAGCGGGUAACUAUGCUUUGCCCAAGACCCGGACCAUCGAGAUUAAGGAGGUUUCGAUGGAGGAGUACGCGGACCAGAAGGUCAAGGAGGCGAUGAAGAACUGCCCCAAGUGCGGGACCGGUAAGCCAACCGAGUGCCCCAAGCCGCCCGCCCCCGUCCAGCUGCCGUGCAAGCCUAGCGAGGGGGAGAGAGGGAGAGCAGCAGGGAAGACGUCGUCAGAUAUCAGUUGCAGUCGAGACUGCCCGUGCUCCGAACGGAGGGAGUGCAUGGCGGAGUCGGAGUGCGCGGUGAGGCUGGAAGAGCAGAAACAGGAGCAUUCCGCCACGUGCCAGAAGGAAGCGGGAGGCUGGUUUUUCCCGAUUAUACUGACCGGGGCUCAGCAGCUGGCAGUGGCAGCGUUAGUGCUUCUGGCGACGGGCGUUUCUGUGUUUGCGGCUGUCCACUGAUGGCAUGACAGCAUUUUUGUUUUUCGCGACGAGGGGGAGGAGGGAGGCUUUUUUUGUUUUUCUUUUUGUGUCCUUUAAGUUUUACUGAUUGUUGUGAUUAUCGGGGGGGGGGUAGAGGUACUUGUGCGAGGCCAAGAUGCUGUUUUCGUUAUGCGCCCACAGGAAAAUUAGUUGUUAGGGAUUGGAAACCAUGGGAUGUUUCUUGUUGAGGUGUACGUCCUGUUCUUGACGAUGCGGGACAAAAGUUGUGGAGUGUUUUUAGGUGGCAAAUUGAAGAUGCAGGCGGAUUUUUGUUUGGAGCGGGAGCAGUUUUUUCGCUACAGUAGUAGGAGGAAGAUGGGCGCACACUUACUAAUCGUGUCCCACAGCCAUGUCCUGGGGUAAUGUUCACUUUUUUUUUUGUCGAUUCAAGCGAGCUUUCUUGACCGCUGUAUGUACCAGCUUGUUGACACCUGACUGGGCUGAAUUGCUUCUUUUUUGGCCAAGCUUUGACUGCAGAUGAAGUUUGCAUUCAGAAAGACAUGAGAAUGGUUCGAGCAUCACCAUGCUGUACGAUUGAUGGCAAAGAUAGCGUUGUGGUAUGUUUCAGUUUCAAGGAAUCUCAUGCUAUGCCAAGACGUGUGGUACCGGCUUUUGAUUCCCGCGGAAACGACCCGACCACUCUGUACAUUGUGCUUGGACGCGUGUAGGGUGUACUGUGCCCCUCGCCACCAAAAGAGAAAAAAAUGCGGUGGCCUUCCAUAAUAAGGGAGGGCUGACGACAGUUAAUUGUUACAUGUGUUGUUUCCGUUGUUUUCACGUACGUACGUACGUACUUUACGUGUGGAUUUGAUGGAUUCGUGUUUGGCCGCAGCUAGUGGGAAACGAUUCCCGUUCUCGACCAGGGGCUAGUGAAGCAUCUAUCUGUGCCUACACGACCUAAGUCCUGGUCGCCAGCAAGCAGCAAGCUGGUGCGGUCGGGGUUGUGGGAGAACUGUUGCACCUGGUG